GUCACUGAGCGGUGAGUCCGGCAGCGCUGGCUCGAACACGUGCCGACUCAGCGGGCACUCCGACAACGGCGUCUCGCACGACGCACUCAGACUGCAGCGGCGCAGCGUGUUUGCACCAUGCUUUCCCACUGCGAGUCGCUCUCGCCGGACUCGUCGUUCUCACAGCGCUGCCAAGUCGUCGAGUGACAUUAGGCACCAUGAAACUAUCUGCAGCAUUGGCUGUUCUGUCCGAGUUGAAGCUCUGCCUGCAACUCGGCUUCGUUCCAACUCUUCGCGCAAUCCUCCGUUCGCCUACCUUGCUUCUCCGUCCCCGCGCGAUCUCGCGGAUCUUCAUGAUGCAUGUGUGGAGUGCAUACGGAGACGGCGUAGAUGCAAACUCGCGCUCAGUGAAGGAAGGUCUCAUACCUGCGAACGCGCAAGGUGUAGUGUUGGAUGUGGGUGCCGGAUACGGCCACACGGUGAACUAUCUUGACAACAAGGUCACGAAAUACGUCGCGCUUGAGCCGAACCAACUCAUGCAUGUCGAGAUUCGCCAGCGCGCUUCCGCAGCUGGCUUCACCGAGGCCGAGGGAACGCUCGUCAUUUUGCCAUACGGUGCUGAGGAUGUGGCUUCCAUCAUAUCAGCUCUGGGAGGGCCGAAUUCGGUCGACACCAUCAUAUCUAUCCUGUCGUUUUGCUCAGUGCCCGACCCAAAGAAGAACAUACGGACUCUCGUCGACCUAGUGCUAAGACCGGGGGGACAGUUGCUAUUCUACGAGCACGUUCUUAGCCCCCGUUCCGACGUUGGAUGGUGGCAGCACUUCUGGACACCUGUGUGGAAAUACGCAAUGGACGGAUGCUGCCUCGACCGUCCGACGCACGAGUGGAUCAAACAAAUGGAUGUCUGGAGUAAAGGCGAGCUGUGGGGUUUACCCGACGAGAGCGAGGAACACAUAUGGUGGCACCGCGUAGGCAAAUUCGUGAAAGCAGGGCAAUGAUAUCUGGUAUAUACGCCUUGACCUAGCGGCCGCGACAGUUACUUAUCAUUUGGGUUUGACAGUAUUUAACGGUUGUUGCCUUUGAUUGUAUCGGUAGAAGCUCCUUGACAAUGAUGCAUCGGUCCAUGCACCCACGUUUGAAGCGCAUAGUAUCACGAGCCGGGCUCAAUAUGUCAUGCUACCCAGUCGCAUUCAGUGACCGAAGGACGGCGUACCCACUAUUACUAUUUGACCGGCUCCCGUGGCUACGACAGCAGGGAUAGUGGACAGCCCUCUGGCAGUGCCGAUGGUCAGAGAAUAGUAUGCUCACACAAGGAUCUCGAUUGCGUGCUCG